UCCUACCCUGUCCUUCUCGCUCUCCCUCUCUCCCAUUUAUUUCGGAGAAAACAUGAAGGAAAAGAGGAGGGAAUUCCAGCGGGGACCAAAGUCAACUGGAAGUUUCUCAUGAGCUGAAAUCUCAUCCUUACCAAGCGGAUGGAAGAACAGGAAGGAAAAUAUCAAUUCAAGUCCACGAUAAGGGCUUAAAUGAAUAAACAAUCGCCAAACUCAUAAACUGCGCUCGUGAAUGCGUUGACAGUCGGGCUCGCGUGCGCUGAGCCAGCCGGGACUCGAGACUUUGGGUCCGGUUCUGACCGUCUCAUUAAGGGAUCCGGCCACUGAAGGUCAGAGACUUCCAACCGAGAGCAGAGGCGUCGCCACCCGUCGAUUCAGCAAGCAUGGCCGGGGCAAAACCGGGAGUACACGCGUUACAGCUCAAACCGGUGUCCGUCCACGAGAUGCUUAAAGAGGGGAGCAAGUUUAUCAAAUGGGACGAGGACACCAACAGUCAAAUGGCCCUUGUCACCCUCAAAGUGGACCCAGAUGGAUUCUUCCUGUACUGGUCUGAUGGGACCAAAAUGGAAGUGGAAGUCCUGGACAUCAGUCAAAUCAGGGACACCAGGAUAGGAAAAUAUGCCAAGAUGCCAAAGGAUGCACGUUCGCGUGAGCAAUUGGGUGUUAAAACAGAAGAAUUGCUGACCAUUGUCCAUGGCAAUGACUUGGUCAACAUCUCCUUCCUUAACUUCCAGGCUGUGCAGGAUGGGUGUGCCAAGGUGUGGGCUGAAGAGCUGUUUAAACUUGCCACAAACAUAUUGUCCCAGAAUGCUUCCCGCAACACCUUCUUAUUCAAAGUUUAUACAAAGCUAAAGCUGCAGGUAAACCAGGAUGGAAAAAUCCCAGUAAAGAAUAUCGUGAAAAUGUUCUCGGAUAAGAAGCGUGUGGAGAUGGCGCUGGAACACUGCGGCCUUGUCAAUAAUAAGGUGGAGAGUUUAAAGCCAGACGACUUCACGUGGGAAAAGUUCCAGAAAUUUCUCAACAAACUGUGUCCCAGAUCAGAGGUGGAACGCAUCCUAGUUCAACUUGGUUCUAAAGGGAAGCCCUUCCUGUCUCUGGAUCAGUUAAUGAACUUUAUAAACAUCACGCAGAGAGACUCUCGAUUAAAUGAGGUUCUUUACCCUCCGCUCAAGCGAGAACAGGUCCGCCAGCUCAUGGAGAGAUACGAGACCAACACCAGCCAGCUGGAGAGAGAUCAGAUCUCCGUGAUGGCCUUCACAAAGUUUCUUGGUAGUGAGGAGAACUCUUUGGUUCCUCCUGAGAGGCUGGAUAUCAUUGAUGACAUGAACCAACCCUUGUCCCACUAUUUCAUCAACUCUUCACACAACACCUACCUUACAGUGGGUCAGUUGACGGGUCUGUCGUCAGUAGAGAUGUACCGGCAGGUGUUGCUGACCGGGUGCCGCUGUAUAGAACUGGACUGCUGGAAGGGCAAACCACCUGAAGAAGAGCCAAUCAUCACGCACGGCUUCACCAUGACAACUGAGAUUCCAUUCAAGGAAGUCAUUGAGGCUAUUGCAGAAAGUGCUUUUAAAACGUCCCAGUACCCUCUCAUACUCUCCUUUGAGAAUCAUGUGGACUCAGCGAGGCAACAGGCUAAAAUGGCCGAGUACUGCCGCUCCAUGUUUGGGGAUGCGCUGCUAACUGAACCUUUGGAGAAAUAUCCGUUGGUUGCCGGUCAACAAUUGCCCACCCCUCAGGAGCUGAUGGGGAAAAUUCUCAUCAAGAACAAGAAGAAACAUCAACACAGGGCCUCUAAUGGAGGCAGCAUCAAACGAAAAGACGGGACGUUUGAUCAGUCCUCACCUUUAAAUGGUUUUUGUUUAGAUUGUCCAUUGUCUGAUGGGGAGGUAGGCCAGGCCCUGUCCAAUGGGGGUGAGAAGCUUGCAGAGAGGAUGACAAAAGAACUUAAUACCAGCAAAUCAAUUGAUCGGGGGGAUGGAGAGAGUGAAGAAGAGGAGGAAGAGGAGCCGAUUCCAGAUCCAAAGAAACACAGCACUGAUGAGGGUACUGCAUACAGUGAGGUAAACGCUACAGAGGAGAUGUCCACAUUGGUUAACUACAUUGAACCAGUCAAAUUCAAAACCUUUGAGCUGGCAAGCAAAAGGAAUAAAUAUUUUGAGAUGUCUUCUUUUGUGGAGACCAAAGGUCUGGACGCUUUGAAAAACUCUCCGACCGAGUUUGUAGAAUACAAUAAAAAGCAGUUGAGUCGAAUCUACCCCAAAGGGACUCGGGUUGAUUCCAGUAAUUAUAUGCCUCAGCUCUUCUGGAACGUGGGCUGCCAGAUGGUUGCGCUAAACUUCCAGACCCUAGACCUGCCGAUGCAGCUGAACAUGGGGGUGUUUGAAUAUAAUGGCCACUGUGGUUAUCUGCUAAAGCCAGAGUUCAUGAGACGCACCGACAAACACUUUGACCCCUUCACUCAGGACAUCGUGGAUGGGAUCGUAGCAAACACGGUCGAGAUCAAGGUUAUCUCAGGUCAGUUUCUGAGCGAUAAGAAGGUUGGUGUUUAUGUGGAGGUGGACAUGUUUGGACUUCCUGCGGACACUAAAAGGAAAUUCCGAACGAAAACAUCUAGCAACAAUUCUCUCGACCCAGAAUGGGAAGAGGAGUCCUUUGUGUUUAACAAGGUGGUGUUGCCCACCCUGGCAUCCCUCAGAGUAGCAGUGUAUGAGGAAAAUGGGAAGUUUCUCGGCCAUCGCAUCUUGCCUGUAUCGGCGUUGCGCCCAGGCUAUCACUACAUCUGUCUGAAGAAUGAGCUGAACCAGCCCCUCAUGUUGCCCUCUUUACUCUUGUACACAGAUGCCAAGGAUUACAUCCCCAAUGAGCAUCAAAAGUACGCUGAAGCUCUGACAAACCCCAUUAAACAUCUCUCUGAGCUGGCUCAGAGGGAAGAGCAACUUCUUGCACUUAUAGAGGACCACACAGAGAUCCGCUCUGCUAAACAAGAGGAAAAAGACAAGAUUGAUUGCAUUCCCAACACUUUCUCUAUUGACCCUGUCUGCUCACUGCCAACUCCAGCACUUCCUCCUGUAGAGGUCACGGUCCCACCAUCAUCAGGCCUAAAAGGAGAUGUGAUCAACACUAUUCUUAAAGAAAUCAGACCUCAGUCCAUUGAAGAGUUCAAACAGCACAACUCCUACCUGAAGUUGUUAAAGAAGCAAUCCAAAGAACUCAAGGAACUACGAAAGAAACAUCUCAAAAAGGUAUGGGCUGUCAGUAAGGAAUUGAGGAAACGAAAUCAGACGGAGAAACGUCUGCCCUCCAGUCUUAAGAAAAAGGGAGUAGAGGAGACGGUCCCGAACGAUCAGAAACACACGGAGCCGUUUAAAGAACACCAGGUGCAAGAACUUCUCGAUCUCAGACAGACACAACAUCAGAUAGAGACUGAGACUAAACACAACCAUCUUGUAGAGGCCUAUCAGAAACUGAGGGAAAUUGCCCAAGACUGUCAAAAUUCCCAGAUUAAGAAACUCAAGGACGUGUGUGACAAAGAGAAGAAAGAGCUACAGAAGAUUCAAGAAAGGAAAAGGCUGAACAGCAUCACUGAGGCCAAAAAGGGGGAUAAAGAAAAGGCAGAGAUCAAGGAUCUGAAUGAAAUCAAUAAAAAACACAUCGCAGAGUCUGUCAGCUUAAUCCGUCAGCUGGAAGCAUCUCAAGAAAAACGUCAUGAAAAGCUAAAAGCCCUUCACAAGGACAUCCUGCAAAAAAUUGAGGAUGAGAUCCCCCAGAGUCAGGCCCGUCUAAACCGCGACUGCGAGGCGGAGCUAAGAUGUUUGCGGGAGGAAAUCUCUUGGUUCCUACGGGAGGAGCUAGAGAUCAAAGGCAGUCGUAAAGACGCCCUCAAUAAUGACAGCUCUGGCUCCGGCCCACCGUCCAAUUGCAGCACGCCACCCUACUCCUCCCCAAAUCACAGCUAUAGCAACGUGCUGGAAUCGGCCUCCUCAAACAGCCCUGUCAAAUCCGGCAAAGAUACUACUGGAGUGUACUAGGGAUGCUACGUUAAUUUGUUUUAUUACCACUUCCCACCGAUCCUAUCUCACCUCAGUGAAAUAGAAGAAUAGAUAUAGUAUUAUCAGUUUUAAUUUUUUUUUGCAAAUACCUGGUCUGUGUGAAUUGUAAUUCAUCAUCUUUUUACUUUAUUCUUCUUUUUUUUUUUAAACCAAAGUCUUGUUUUAAUCCAGAAUUACGAUGGAUUUUAUCUACAUUAGCUUUAAAUAUGUGGGCUCUCGUACGUGCCGUGCGGGACACCUGUGGAAACAGGAGGAGGCGGUACACCUUUGACUCGGUUCUCUAUUUAUUUCUGAUGUAUAUUGUGCACUGUGGAGCUUUAAGCGUAGUGCUUCGUGUUGCCCUGAAGAGGGCAGUGUAAAUUUGGCAUUAGCUCACUGGUGAAUUUCGGGCUGUGAUGCUAAUGCCCUAAUCUGAAUGGUACGUGUUUACAAGAUGGACUGUUGCAUGCUCCCAACAAUAAUUAGUUUCUUAUAUUGUAUCUUAAUAGAAGUUAAAACACCCCUGACGUGUGAAUGCAUCCUUCAGAAGAGAGAAAGUCAAUUACCCGGUCCUGAUUACUUUGUGUACACAUUAAGUGCCUCGUUUCUACUUCUCUUGAACUCCCUCACCCAGAUUAUGCUUUCUAAAUCCUGUAAUCCUGGUAUCUCUCGGUUGCUUGGCUUAAUCUAAUCGAUUAUAAUCCUGUCUCUGUAAUUGUCAGUGAUGCCACACGUCACGCUCCCUCAAAUGCAGUGAUUUCUAGGGAACCUGGACUUUUUUCUGUGCCGCACCAAUUUUUCACAUUUUAAAUCCGAUUGAGUCACGGUUCGGGUGUAAUUCCUGGUUAUAUCCCUUCUAUGGACGAACACAAACAUGCCUUUAUACUAACCCCCCCCCCCCUCUCCGGCUUAAUCGGGUCUAUACUGAAUCAUAACAUGUUGCAUAAUAUACAGCGAAGCAGAGCAUACGAGAUGAGAUUUUAAUGUGAGAUUGACUACUGCUUAGCUCCGGGUCUUUUUUAAUCCAUUAAAAUGCAUGGAUUUUGCUUUCUCUUACUGUAAUCUGUUCUUCUUUGCUUUAAUACAUUCGAUUCCAUCAGUUUUCAUUCAUCUCUUUCGCAUUCUCUCUUUGUCUGUGUGUGUCUAUCUCUGAAAUUUUGACAUGCAUACAGUGCUCGCUCGCUCCGCCAGCUUGAACGUUCUGCUCUGACUCACAGCAGGGCUCCCGUCAGCGUUCUGGCCCGAUCUAGCGUGCAUCAUUAUAUUACCAUUGGAUGACGGCGUGCUUGGUGCUUAAUGAUCUUUAUCAAGCACUUUUGAGAAAUACAAGCACUUACAGCACUUACGAAUUUCAAACAAAUACAAAUAUGCAAUGUGGACGUGUACUCUGUGCAUGGAUGGCCUGUAGGCUACUAGAUGUGUUGUGAUGUGGGUCUGUGUAUGUGCGAAUAAGGACAGAAGGAUAAGGGCUGUACUGAGAUGGAAGACACCAUCAUUUACUAAAAUGAGUAAAUGAGUCUUGAGUUUGUUUUGUGUGUGGAUGUGACUCAUCCUAGAGUCUUUUUAAUGUGUAUCCAUGUCAAUAGCUUUAUAACAAUAUGAACAGGGAUUAAGUGUAUGUGCAUGUAAACAGAUCCUCUCUUCAUAGGUCUUUGAAGAGGACAUUACUGUUGUACUGGCCAAUAUCACUCUUUAGUAGGAAAUAUUAAUGUGUGUAUUUUAGCAGAUAUCAGAUGAGUUGUUAUGUAUACCGUAAUUCAUUCCUUUUUUAAGAGGUACAUGAAUUUUACUACUGACUAGUUCAGCUUAAAGUCUUUUUUUUGUGUGUAUUGGUAUUUAUGGGGGAACGUUUUUGGUAUACCAUCUUGGUCUUUCAUUAUGCUCAUAAAAAUUAGAUGCAUGGUUUUUUAAGAGGACCACAAAAUAUUUCAUGGCCUGUAACUUUUAUUUAACAUUUAGACACUUUAUUUUUGUUUAUUUUAUCACCUUUGUAAAAGCGAUUUUCACAUCAUAAAUUUUGUAGGACAUUUAAACGAGGACAUUUCAGCUUUUCUACACUGUAAAAAAGUAGUUGGUUCAAUUUAAAAUUUUAAGGCAAUCUGCUAACUUAGUCUUUUAAGUUAAUUAAACUUAAAUAACAUUUUUGAAUUACCUCAACAUUUUAAGGCAACCAGAUAACGUUUUUUUAAUUUGAACCAACAAAUCUUUAGUAAACAAACAUUUAAUGAGGUCAUUUGUGUGUCUUAAAAUGGGACAGAAUUUUGGUUGCUGUGAUUUUAUUUUAAAAUGCAUUGGAAAUUUGUCCUUCAAUUAUAGUUGUGCAUGGUUGGUGGUUAAAGACAUUUGCAUGCUAAUUCAAGUCUAUAAUCAGAAAUCCUCAGGGGAGAUCAGAGUUGUGUGGAUCAAAUCACAGCUUUACACUCUGUGUUCAUUAUAUAUGUGGGCCCAAAAUCUAACUUCGACCUGAUGGUGAUGUUCGUACCGAAAGCUAUGAUUACUUAAGGGAGAAUAUAUGCUUACACAAGGGCUAACUUCUGCUGCCUCAGUUACAGCUUUUACCAAGUACAUAUGUCAAUGCUCUUUCUACAUCUGUCUCUUUAUCUAUCACCUUCCUGAAACACUUUUGUUAACACUGUAUGUAGAUAUUGUACUGGUCUGCCUUGUUAAAGGGAAAAUUCUUACUCUGGAUGUAAUUUUUAUUGCCUUGAUAAAUAAUAUAACUGUACAUUCAAUAAAUGCAGAACAUUGUCAAAAA